AUGGCAGAGGCUGAUUUCUACGGUCGCGAGCAUGGAUUAAGAAAUUUCUCCCAAUAUCCUCGGAGACCAGGAAAUCAAUGGUCUUCUUCCUCUUCAACACAAAACACUUUAUGAAAGUCCCGUGACAAUUAUUCCCGUUCUUACUCUAACGAUUUCCAAUCACACAAUAACCAUACCGAAAGAAACAGUGACUUAGGAAGUAAACUCACUGCAGUCACUUGGAAUGUCAAGGAACUGCCUUCCUUCAACAAAGACUUCUACACAGAGCAUCCGGACGUCUCAAAAAAGAGUGAAGUAGAAAUCACAAAAAUUCGUGAAGAUCUUCAGAUGACAAUCUACGGGAACAACAUCCCGAGACCUGUUACUACAUUUGAAGAAUCUAACCUUCCUGACUAUGCUUUUCCCAGUAAAUUUGCAUUUAAAUUGAAUUAUCAAGAAAUAAAUAUAACUUUUGAGGCUGAAUAAGGUAAAACAUCAAGCAAAUUUUACUAGAAAAUUUAUAUUUGGAGGCUAAUAGUAAUGGCCUAAAUCUGUUUUAAGUGUAUAUUAAUUAAAGAAAACCUAAUAUGUCCAAAAAAUGCUGAAAAGCGCAGGAUUUGAGGCUCCAACACAUAUCCAAAGCCAAGGAUGGCCCAUCAUUAUGAGCGGUCGAGAUUUGAUCGGAAUCGCCAAAACAGGGUCAGGAAAAACACUUGGCUUUAUAUUGCCUGCAAUUGUGCACAUUUUAGAUCAGCCACAAUUGAGACCAGGAGAUGGCCCAAUUGCUUUGGUUCUAUCACCAACCAGAGAGCUUGCCAUGCAGACGUCACAAGAAUGCAGCAGAUUUGGAAGACCUUGUAGGGUGUCCAACGCCUGUGUAUAUGGUGGAGCUCCAAGGUCUCGUCAGCAAAUGGAGUUACAAAGAGGAGUCCAUGUUGUCAUUGCAACACCUGGAAGACUUAUAGAUUUCUUAGAAAAUGGUGCCACAAAUUUAAAGAGAGUCACUUAUUUGGUUCUUGAUGAAGCAGAUAGGAUGCUUGACAUGGGCUUUGAGCCACAAAUAAGAAAAAUCAUUGAACAAAUCAGACCUGACCGACAAACUGUGAUGUUCAGUGCAACUUGGCCUAAAGAAGUCCAAGCUCUUGCUAAAGAUUUUUCAAUAGACCCUGUACAUUUACAGAUUGGUUCACUUAAUUUAUCAGCUAAUCAGGAUAUCAAACAAGUGAUAGAAAUCGUUGAUGAGUCCUUUAAACUAAGCAAAGUUGUCGAUAUAGUCCAUGAAGUCGCCAAACCAGGCUCUAAAACCAUCAUUUUCUGUGAAACCAAAAAAGGCUGCGAAGUCCUUUGUUAUGAGCUUAAAAAAGAAAAAUUCACAGUAGAUGCUAUAGAGGUUUCCUCUAUAUAGCGCUGAAAGCGCAGACAUUUUCCCAGAAGCUUUCCAAGUUCGUCGGACCAAAUCGCUUUUUGGUCCGACCAAGGCAUUGAUUUGGUGCAACCAACCGAUAAAUUCCGAUCAGAAUUUAUCGGCCUUACAGCGCCAAACAUAGGAAACUUCUAUAUCCACGGGGAUAAAACACAAAGAGACAGAGACCAAGUCUUAAGAGAUUUCAGAAACAACAAAAUAAACAUCAUGGUCGCUACCGAUGUGGCUUCAAGAGGUUUAGAUGUAAAAGAUGUAAACCACGUAAUAAACUACGAUUUCCCUGGACAGGUCGAAGAUUAUAUACACAGAAUUGGAAGGACUGCAAGAGCUGGUGCCAAAGGGACAGCGAUUUCGUUUUUCACACAACAAAAUGCAAGAAUGGCUGGAGAUUUGAUUAAACUUUUGAAGGAGUCCAAGCAGGAGAUCCCUGACAAGCUGUAUGACAUGAACAGAAGCAACAGACCACAGCAAGGAAACAAUAGGUAUAAUAGAUGGGGAUAUCAGAGCAGAAAUUACGCUGCAGCCAGAAGCAGAAGUCCAAGAAGAGCUUACUAUUAUUAA